AUGGACGACUUGGCGAGCGACACCGACAGCGACUACACGAGCUACUGGCGCGACUGGUUUAUCUCUUCUCGAGGAAACGAAUACUUCUGCGAGAUCGACGAGGACUACCUCACAGACCGAUUCAAUCUUACUGGCCUUAACACGGAAGUACAGUACUAUCAAUAUGCUCUGGAUCUGGUCACGGACGUAUUCGACAUGGAAGUGGAAGACGACAUGCGGGAGCAGAUCGAGAAGAGCGCAAGGCAUCUUUACGGCCUGGUCCAUGCUCGCUACGUUGUAACAACGAGAGGCCUUGCUAAGAUGAUGGAGAAGUACAAGCAGGGAGUCUUUGGCAAAUGCCCGCGGGUGAUAUGCGAGUCUCAGCACCUCUUACCCAUGGGACAGCAUGAUGUGCCAAACACUUCAAAUGUCAAGUUGUACUGUGCCAAAUGCGAAGACAUCUACAACCCCAAGUCCUCACGGCACAACUCUAUCGAUGGAGCGUACUUCGGCUCCAGCUUCCACAACAUUCUCUUCCAGGUCUACCCAGCUCUGAUUCCGCAGAAGACCCAACGCCGCUACGAACCUCGCAUAUAUGGAUUUCGCGUACACGCCAGCGCAGCCCUCAUGCGGUGGCAGGAGGAGCGACGGGAGGAGAUGAAGGACAGACUCCAAGCUAGAGGGAUCGAGACUGGUUUCGAGGAUGAAGAUGAAGGGGAGGAGGAUAUUGAGAGUGAGGAAGACGAGAUCGACGAGGAGCAGGACGGGAUCGAUGACAUGUUUGAGGGCGCGAUUCCAGCCGUGCAAUAG